AUGGCGCAGCAGGGACAGCCCUACCCCAUACCCUGGGGGCUGCACUACCAACACAGAGAAUCAACAACGCCGACAUCUACCGCACGACCGUACGAACACCCGCACACUCACACACACGCACAGUUGUACGCGAGACAUGCACACACGCAUACACACACGCUCAUCGACCAGCAUGAACCUUGUAAAGGCGAAGGCGAGGAAACUAGGCCGGACUAUAGAGAACAAUAUACAGGACAAUUACACAGAUGCAGUUCCUACGGUAAAUGCGUGGAGGAAGUAACGGAGGAACCGCGUGAGAGAGACGAGGCGGUCACUAGCACUGAACAUCAUCAGCACUGGGAUGAGAAGUUAGUGAGCAGUUCCCUGUGCCCCACGGCAGCAGCCGCCAGCUCCAGCCGGACUGACGCCGCGUCUCCUCACCAGCACGUCACCACCACGCAUGCUGGCGGAGGUCGUCGCGGUGCCCUACAGCUAUGGCAGUUCCUGGUCUCCCUGCUGGCUGAGGGCGCGCGCUGCGUCGCCUGGACCGGCCGGGGGCUGGAGUUCAAACUGCAUGAGCCUGAAGAGGUGGCGCGACGUUGGGGCGCCCAGAAGAACAGGCCAGCGAUGAACUACGACAAGCUGUCCAGAUCUCUGAGGUACUACUACGAGAAGGGCAUCAUGCAGAAGGUCGCAGGAGAACGUUACGUCUACAAGUUCGUGUGCGACCCCGAAGCUCUCUUCAGCAUGGCGGCACCCCCCCGCGCCCGCUCACCCCCCGCCCCGGCACCCUAUGAUGUGCUCACCUCGUUGUACGGGGGAGUUUACCCCCAAUACCUGCAGCCGCCCCCACAGGCUGAGUACCAGCGCCGGUAUUACCAUCACCAUAUCAAUCAUACGGGACAUUAUGAUACGUAG